AGGGCCUGCCUGGCCCACGACGCCGUGAGGGAGAAAAGGCCGCACGCACCGGCUGCGGCCCCCUCAGCGCCCUCUUCGCCCGCGCCAGGCCAGGCCGGACCAGACUAGGCCAAGCCCCCUUGGUAAGGGAAGGCCCGCCUCCGCCUCCGCCUCCGCCGGCUGCUUUUGCCCUCCGGCCCCGGCCGCGUCUCUGUGGAGCGGCCCCCGCGAUGGCAGCAGCGGCUGUGACGGCUUGGCGAGCGCUGCGGCGGGUCGGGCUCGGGGCGGCCGGCGGCGGCCUGGCCGGGCCCUCGCGUCGCGCCUUCCCCGGGGCCGCUUCUUCGCCGCUGGCUUGGCCCGUCAGCCAGGCCGCUCCGGGCAGGCGCCUCAGCACCAGCCCCGCGUUGCUGCUCGCCGCUCGCCGAUUCACAGACAAGCAUGAAUGGAUCUCAGUUGAAAAUGGUAUUGGGACCGUAGGAAUCAGCAACUUUGCACAGGAAGCAUUAGGAGAUGUCGUUUAUUGCAGUCUUCCAGAAAUCGGAACAAAGUUGAAUAAACAGGAUGAGUUUGGUGCUUUGGAAAGCGUGAAGGCCGCUAGUGAACUCUACUCCCCACUCACGGGAGAAGUAACAGAAAUCAACUCCACCCUUGCUGAUAAUCCAGGACUUGUCAACAAAUCUUGUUACCAGGAUGGAUGGCUUAUCAAAAUGACUGUGGAUAACCCUUCAGAAUUUGACGAACUCAUGAGUGAAGACGCGUAUGAGAAAUACAUAAAAUCUAUUGAGGAGUGACCUGAAUAUCAAAAGUAAAUGACUAGAACCACUUACUUCAGUGUAGAUUGUCCUAAAUUAGUUAUGUACCGAAGGUCUAAGUCUGAGCAGCUUAUCGAGGGAAUUUUCAAGGAAAAUGAGCUGCCUUUGAUUCAAACUGUGCUGAUCUCUGCCCACAAGAGACUGUAGAGCAAAGCAAUUUUAUCUUGUUUUGCCCACCUUCUGCUAGUCAGUUGUCUCGUACGUGGGCGUCCUGUAGCCUAAUAAAUGUAAUUCCAUGAUGUCGGAGUUUGAAGUUCAUAAUUGCAUCUGGAGUAGAAUAACCUUUAUCCCUUAAAUAAACCCAGCGUUGAUAACGUAGAACUGUAAAGUGAUGCAACAGCCUUAAUUCCAUAGCACAAAGUGUGCUUUUCAUCUCUGUCAUUUUAUUUCUUUCCUCCGUCCCAUUCCACCACCCCCACGGGUACGUGAGUCUACUUUCAAUCAGGUUUUGUAAUAUUAAAACUGUGUCUCUAUCUUCAGAAUUAGUGAACAUUCCCGGUGAUUACAGCAGAACCAGAUUUCACGUUUUAAAGUAAAAACGUGGAAGAGUGGCCAUUUUCUAAAGAUAAAGCUUUCUAGCAGAACAGAUAACAGAAGUUAAUAAAAAAUCCUGACUUUACCAAA